GUUGCUACUGUUGCUGGUUUCCAAACGAUUUAUGUGUUGCUCUGUGCGCAACUAAUUUUAGCCUUGGCUAAUGCAAUAAACUGCACCGGACAGCAGUCGAAACGUACGUAAAUACCACCAGUGUAUAAUUAUAAUAAUGCGAGCUGCGGUGAUCUCCACAUUCACAAUUGACACGUGCAACGGUUUGUGAAUGCGCGCCAGAGUCUCUCAACGAAAUGCUGAGCGUCAUGGCAACGCCACAGGAAAUUCUGGAUGUUGAGAUGCCAUCGAGCAACGCUGGCCCAUUGCAGGGCACCGUCAAUGUCAUUACCAUCAUCAGCAAUAACAAUAACAAUCACAGCAGCAACAACAACAAUAACAACAACAACAGUAGCGAUAACAGCAACAACAACAACAACAACGGCAACAUCAUACCUGUCGAGUCGAGCGUGGGCGUGGCAGGUGCUAGCAGCGGCAGCGGCACAGUGGAGCACAGCUUUGUGGCCAUACCAUUGCUGGAGCGUCGACGUCGCAGUCGCAGUCAGAGCCACUGUCGCAUCACACCAUUGGCGCCCAUUCUGUGCCUGAGCAGCCAGAGCGGCACCCAUCCCGAGGACCUAACCCAGCUGUCCCGUUCCGUCUCGUGUUUCGUUCGCAUUCGCCGCAGUUUCGCCAAGUUUCUGGGCAAAAUCAUGGGCAGCAAUAAUCCCAGCGAGGCGGAUCGAUAUGAUUAUUACGAUUAUGUUGAGAAUUUAAAGUUAAGACUGCAGCGACUGUCGACUGCUAGGCGCAAGAGCUAAAACUAACGC